ACCUCACACCUCACACCUUAUUAAGCUGCUUGGCAGACAUCGCAGUAUAUAAACAAGGCUGUAUUCCCUCUCUAAUGAACUAAUAUUCUGUGCUUUACAUCUUAGCACUUAAGCUCUAAAAGACACGUAGACAAUUAACUUAUUAAAUUACCCUUUACACACUUAGCCUGCCUAAAACAGCCUACUCUUUAUAUCCCCAAGCCCUUAUUUAGUAUGUCGCACAACACCCUCAGUAACGGCGAGUGGCUGCUCUUCAAGAUGCAGGGCGAUGGGAAGAUCGCCGUAUACUGGGGCGGCCAGUGCCGGUUCCAGAACACGGCCGUGCAGCGCCCCAACAUUAAGGGCAUUAAGAUGCAGGAGGACAGUAACCUAUGCAUGUAUACCGGCUCUACCGGCAACAGCCCCGUCAUCUGUGCCGUGCAGAAUGAUAUUAACGUUGUUCUUUACAAGGGCACACUAAUCUAGGCUAGCAAGACCUAGAAGUAGACUUCUACUAGAAGAUAGACGCUAGAAUUUUAAUUAUUAAAGUUAGAGAUUUAUAAAGCUAGGUAUAAGAAGAUAA